ACUGGAGAUGGAAGCAAAAAUGGACCAGCUACGAGCUAUGGUGGAGGCUGCUGACAGGGAAAAAGUGGAGCUUCUCAACCAGCUUGAGGAAGAGAAAAGGAAAGUUGAAGACCUUCAGUUCCGUGUGGAGGAAGAAUCCAUUACCAAAGGAGACCUAGAGACGCAGACCAAACUGGAGCAUGCCCGCAUUAAGGAGCUUGAACAGAGCCUGCUCUUUGAAAAGACCAAAGCUGACAAACUCCAGAGGGAGUUAGAAGACACUAGGGUGGCCACAGUAUCAGAGAAAUCUCGCAUCAUGGAGCUAGAAAGAGACCUGGCACUGCGGGUGAAGGAAGUGGCUGAGCUCCGGGGCAGAUUACAGUCCAGUAAACACAUUGAUGAUGUGGACACUUCUCUCUCAUUGUUGCAAGAGAUAAGUUCUUUGCAGGAAAGAAUGGCAACGGUUAGCAAAGAACAUCAGAAUGAGAUGAAUUCACUGAAAGAGAAGUUUGGAAUUAGUGAAGAAGCAUUGCAGAAAGAGAUCAAAUCGCUUUCUGCUUCCAAUGAGAGAAUGGCAAAAGAAAAUGAAUCCUUGAAAACUAAGCUGGAUCAUGCCAACAAGGAGAAUUCUGAUGUGAUAGAGCUGUGGAAGUCAAAGCUGGAAUCUGCCAUUGCCUCCCAUCAGCAAGCAAUGGAAGAACUGAAAGUUUCUUUCAGCAAAGGCGUAGGGGCUGAGACAGCAGAAUUUGCAGAGCUAAAGACUCAGAUGGAGAAGAUUAAAUUAGACUAUGAAAAGGAAAUGUCACAUUUAAAACUGAAGCAGGAAAAUGAAAAAUCUCAUCAUAUAAAAGAGAUUGAGUCACUGAAAGCAAAACUGUUGGCAGUCACGGAGGAGAAAGAUCAGAACCUGGAAAGCCUGAAGACCAAACUGGAAAGUGUGGAAGAUCAGCAUCUAGUAGAAAUGGAAGACACUUUAAACAAAUUACAGGAAGCUGAAAUAAAGGUAAAGGAGCUAGAGGUACUGCAAGCCAAGUACAAUGAACAAACCAAAGUUAUUGAUAGUCUUACACCACAGAUCAAAGCUGCUGAAGAAAAGCUUUUGGACCUUGCUGCACUUCAGAAAGCCAAUUCUGAAGGUAAAUUGGAAAUCCAGAAACUUAGCGAGCAGCUUGAGGCAGCUGAGAAACAAAUUCAGAAUUUAGAGGCUGAAAAGGCUAGUAAUCUGGCCAAAGAACUGCAGGGCAAAGAGCAAAAGCUUCUUGACCUUGAGAAAAACUUGAGUGCAGUAAAUCAAGUUAAAGAUUCUUUGGAAAAGGAACUUCAAGUUUUGAAAGAAAAGUUUACUAGUGCAGCUGAUGAAGCAGAAAAUGUUCGACAAACUAUGCAAGAAACAAUAAAAAACCUAAACCAAAAAGAAGAGCAGUUUGCACUCAUGUCCUCAGAACUGGAACAGCUGAAGUCUAGUUUGACUGGGAUGGAGAAGAAAUUGAAGGAGCGAGAAGAGAGAGAACAGCAGCUGACUGAAGCUAAAGCCAAACUUGAAAAUGAUAUUGCAGAGAUCAUGAAGUCUUCAGGAGACAGCUCUGCCCAGCUAACGAAAAUGAAUGAUGAGCUGCGGCUAAAAGAGAGGCAGUUGGAGCAAAUACAACUUGAGCUUACAAAAGCAAAUGAAAAGGCUGUUCAGCUUCAGAAAAACGUGGAGCAGACAACACAGAAAGCUGAGCAGAGUCAGCAAGAAACUCUCAAGAUUCAUCAAGCAGAACUAAAAAAUAUGCAGGAUGAACUAAUGGACAUGAAAAAGCAAAUCGAGGCUAGCCAAAAUCAGUAUAAGGAUCUUCAGGCAAAGUAUGAAAAAGAAACUUCUGAGAUGAUCACUAAACAUGAUGCAGAUAUCAAAGGGUUUAAGCAGAACUUGCUGGAUGCAGAAGAGGCACUGAAAACUGCACAAAAGAAAAACGAGGAGUUAGAAACACAGGCUGAGGAGCUGAAAAAGCAAGCAGAGGAGGCCAGAGCUGCCAAAAUGGCAGAAGAUGUUCUCCAGGCUGUGGAGAGGGUGACCAAAGAGAAGGAUGCCAUACACAAAGAAAAGAUUGAAACUUUGGCCUCUUUGGAGAACUCUAGACAGACAAACGAGAAGCUACAGAAUGAAUUGGACAUGCUUAAACAAAACAACCUGAAAAAUGAAGAGGAACUUAAUAAAUCAAAAGAGCUUCUAACUCUGGAGAACAAGAAAGUGGAAGAACUUAGAAAAGAAUUCGAAGAGCUGAAGCUGGCAGCAGCUCAGAAGUCCCAGCAGCUUGCAGCUUUGCAAGAGGAGAACGUGAAACUUGCCGAGGAGCUGGGCAGGAGCAGGGAGGAAGUCACAAGUCAGCAGAAGCUGGAAGAGGAGAGAUCAGUGCUCAAUAACCAGUUAUUAGAGAUGAAAAAGAGAGAAUCAACGUUAAAAAAAGAAAUAGAUGACGAGAGAGCAUCUUUACAAAAAUCCAUCAAUGUAACUAGUGCCUUGAUCACACAAAAAGAUGAGGAACUGGAAAAACUCAGAAAUGAGAUCACGGUGCUCCGUGGAGAAAACGCUUCUGCCAAAACCUUGCAGUCAGUGGUUAAGUCACUGGAGUCUGAUAAAUUGAAACUUGAGGAAAAGGUGAAGAACUUGGAGCAAAAACUCAAGGAGAACAACGAACAGCCUUUAACUGUAAUUAGCUCCUCAGGUGACAUUGCUGCUAACCUACUUCAAGAUGAAAUUGCAAAAGAGAAGCAGCACGAGAUUGACUUCCUGAAUUCAGUGAUAGUGGAUCUGCAAAGGAGAAACGAAGAAUUGAACUUGAAAAUACAAAGAAUGUGUGAAGCAGCCCUCAAUGGCAACGAAGAGGAGAUAAACAACUAUGACAGCGAGGAGGAAAGCCUGUCCAAGAAGAAACCUCGUCUCUUCUGCGACAUCUGCGGCUGCUUCGACCUGCACGACACGGAAGACUGUCCCACCCAGGCGCAGACGCCGGAG